CGCACCACGCGUCAGAUUCGAAACUUGUCCCAUCUUUCGGAUGGGCAUGAAAAUUCUCUACAAUAUCUUGCAUGCUAUUCUAUACGUCACCGUUUGCACGAAUUUUGAGACGAAGGUUGUCACCAGUGAUGCAAUCAGCACCAUUGACCAUGUCCUCUUUACGGCGCUCGGCGCGUAUCUCGAUGAACAGUAACAAUGUUACAUCCGAAAUAGACCCUAAUGGCACGACUUCGAAGAUUGGGGCAAAGUAUGUGAAGAAGCCUACUGCCACGACGAAGAAGCGUAAAAGUAGCGCAAUCCCUACGGACAACAACGUAGCAAGCAGCGUCAAUGACCCGCCAGAGAACUUUGCAAUUCCUGAUGCUCCAGCAACACCUCUUCCAAAGAGACGUAAAGCACAGCCUUCUGAAUCACCGGCUAAACCCCCACCAUUCACGCCGACGCCUUCAGGAGUCGGGCUCAUCGCUUCGUCCACUGAAUCCGGUCAUCCUCUCGAGGACCUAGCCGGCUUCAAACCGCGACCAGCUGAGCCACAUGCGACCAACGCACCUCUAUCCACCCCCGGAGGAACACGCGUGGUCGCUUAUUCCUCUUCGCCCAUCAAGGCUCCAUCAGCGUCACAAGAAGAGACAGCAUCACCGGCUAAGAAGAGGAAGGCCAAAGAACUUGUUCCUCCGGAUGUUGGCGCACUGCCGCAUCCCACCUCGACGAUUGAUACGUUAUUGAAAGACGCAUGCGAGCACUUGUGUAAAGUCGACCCGAAACUGAAGAAUUUGAUCGAUAACCAUGAGUGCAAGAUGUUCACGCCAGAAGGGUUGAGGGAGGUUAUCGAUCCUUUCACCGCUCUAGCCAGCGGUAUCAUCGGGCAGCAAGUGUCAGGUCAAGCCGCGGCUUCCAUACGUAAGAAGUUCACCGCCCUCUUCCCUGAUACCCACCCGUCGUUUCCUACUCCCGCACAGGUGACCCAAGAAGAAAUUUCCACACUCCGAACUGCGGGCCUCUCGCAGCGCAAAGCAGAGUACAUCCAAGGAUUGGCAGAGAAAUUCACGACCGGAGAGUUAAGCGCACAGAUGCUGGUCAGUGCAAGCGAUGAGGAUCUAAUUGCAAAAUUGGUAGCGGUACGGGGCCUCGGGAGGUGGAGCGUCGAGAUGUUUGCAUGUUUUGGCUUGAAGAGAAUGGAUGUUUUCAGCACGGGGGACUUAGGCGUGCAAAGAGGCAUAGCGACCUACGUAGGCAAAGACGUAUCGAAAUUGAAGGCAAAGGGUGGCAAGUGGAAGUACAUGUCUGAGAAGGAUAUGCUUGACACGGCCGCGCCGUUUUCCCCCUACCGCUCACUGUUUAUGUGGUACAUGUGGAGAAUUUGUGAUGUAGAUAUCAGCGUCCUCCAGAAGGAGGACUAGACGGAAUUCAGUACGGAGUAGAGUGGCGAACUGGCCAUCAUUAGUCAAUGCAGAGCAUUUUUGCGUAACAUGUGUCGCAUCUUGGCUACAUUCAUGAUUUGACCAGGCCAAUAUAUGGGUUUUCUAGAGG